GAUGUUUACAUUGGUUACAAUGGAUCUUCCAAUACUGUCGAGCGCAAUUUCCCAUUCUAUGAACUCUAGCUGAUAUAGCGAUCUUGCCCUGCUUUUGAAAGGUGCGCUUGUUAAAGAAGGAAGUUUUAAGCAUAUAUAUAAACGUUCAAAUUUGUAAGAAUGGCAGGCGGCGGUGACGACCUUGUGGCCAAGUUUCAGGAGUUUUGUACGCUAGCCGGCUCAAAGGACAAGACGCAGAUGACAUCUAAGGCGAGCGGCAAAAUGGUGGCGGACUGCCUGGAGAAGAACUACAAGAAAUACGACGUCAAGUCCAUAUGUGAUGCCAGCGUCUUUCCGGCCGUCAAGGAGAAAGGGAAACCGUGUAUGACGGUGAACAAAGUUAACGUGGACAAGUUCGUACAAAAGACAGCACACGAGCUCGCCAAGCGCAAGACGAAAAACAACAAGAUUGCCGACAACGACCCGGAAGUGGAAGCCAUCAAGGCCGACAUCUGCAGCUGCAUUACCGGCGGAGGGCCACAUGUCAAAGCCACGAAACAAUCAGCCACUGGGAAUGUGGGCGGCCUGACGGACGCCUCCAAGUACACUGGCGCACACAAGGAGCGCUUUGACGCCGAUGGGAAGGGAAAGGGGGUUAAGGGGCGGGAAGAUAUUGCGGAAAACUCCGGAUAUGUUGGAAACUACAAGGGAAAGGAUACAUUUGACAAGAAAAAAUAAUUAACAACUACUUUACUCUGGGAGAUUUACAUAAUAAAUAUCUUGCUGUAUAGUUUUAAUAGUGCUGUUUGCCUUACACACUUUUAAUUGGUUGUCUAUCUAUUGAUCCAAGCCUUUUACUAUUUGGCAAACGUUUUAGUGUGAUAACCAUUUUUUUUUACCAUUCGAGUACACAAGCAUAGAAAUAAGCAUUUUAUUUCCUCCCAAAUAUUGGUUUGCUUUUAUAUUAUUUUAAGUAUUUAAUGUUAACUAAGUACGUUUUUCUUUCAAGCAGAAUAACUGCUGAUAAUUUUAGGUUCGGAAUGGUUAGCAAUAUAUAAACUAUCUGUGUGUAUUUUUUAUUUUUGUUUUUAUACAGUAUACGCAAUAAAUAUUCUUGGACCAAAUUUUCGUCUUUUCCGUUUACAUAAAUCUAAAGUCUUGUGCGAUCUGUAAAAACUGGAACAAGUCAAUUUAUUUAAAGAGCCAGCAGCAUGGUUCACGAGUGCUUUUUUCAAAGACAUGUCAAGUAAGAUGUUUCAAAGAGAUGUUGAAUACGAUAUUUUGAAUUUAAUUUAAAGCAACCAUGAGCAGCCCACAUGUAUGACACAUGAUGUUGUUAAAUGAUUUCUACAUAUGUUUGAAAACAGUGAUUUGUAUCAUUAUAUUGUUUCAAAGUGUUGAAAUAUAUUAUUUUAGCUGUG